AUGAGCUAUAAGAAUAUCGAGUCACAAUUUGCNACUCAACUCAUAGAGGCAUCUGAUGGAUCUGGCUUGAAGCCUCACUUGGUCUUAAAAGAUAUUGCUCGAGGUCAAGUCAACCCGUCAAUUAUGGACGUAAAGAUUGGUUCAAGAACCUGGGCACCUGAAGCAUCCCAGGAAUACGUCGAGAAGUGCUUAAAAAAGGAUCGAGAAUCAUCAAGCCUUCCAUUAGGAUUCAGGAUAUCAGGGUUGCAAAUCUUUAGAAGCAAAGAAUUAGGCUUCUGGAAGCCGGGAAAGAAAGCUGCUCAGAAAUUCUCUACAGAGGAAGUCAAGUUAGUCCUGAGAAGGUUUGUUUCCUCAAACACAUUAAAUGACUUGGAUCUGGAACCAGACUGCGCUCUGGCGUCAACUGUCUAUGGCGGCUCUGCUGGCAUUUUAUCUCAGUUAUUAGAGCUGAAAGCUUGGUUUGAAGAUCAAACUAUAUAUCACUUCUAUGCUUGCUCAAUUCUGGUGGUCUUUGAAAAAGAGCUGGCAUUGGAAGGAAGGAAUCCAGGUGCUCAAAUCAAGCUGAUUGACUUUGCUCAUGUUUACGAAGGACGAGGUGUGAUUGAUCAUAACUUCUUGGGUGGUCUCUGCUCGUUGAUAAAGUUCAUUUCUGAAAUUCUUACUGCUCCUAAUGAGGGCAAAACAGAAGUCUCUGCAAAAGAUGAUCAGAAGAAUCUUACUAACACUGAUAAUGGUGUUGUAGCUGACCAGGAGAACCUUAUUAAAUCUGGUAAUGGUAUUGUCGCUGAUCAGAAGAACCUUACUAGCACUGAUAAUGAUGUCAGCUGAACCACACCAUGAUUUUCCACUUGCACGCGUUUUUUAAGAUUUAUUUGAAGCGUAAAGACGAGCAACGACAUUUUUUAUUUGAUUGAUUUGAUGUUGCAAGCAUAAUUCUGUAGUCAUUCUGUGUGAUACUUUUUGCAUAUUUGAAAUUUUCAAGUGCCCAAAAUGAUUAAGUUAUUUAAUAAUGGGGAAGAUCAUAAGGAUGUUAUGUGAAA